GUCUAACCAGGAAGUGUCGCUGUGCCCGGGAUGCGGUGGUGCUCGGUGCUGCUGUGGCUGCUCGUGCUCCGGCUCGGACUGCACGCCCUGCGGGGGCUCCUCCCCCCGGGCUCACUGCGGGGAGCGGCGCAGGGGGUCUCCUCCGUGUGCCGGGCCACCUACGGGCGCUUCUUCGUGGGCCCCGGGGAUGAGUACGGCCGCCGGUACAGCUCGUUCCCCGCCGGGCUCCGCCUGGAGAUGCGGGAGAUGGCGCGGAGCAUGUUCUCCUUCGGCUACGACAACUACAUGAAGCACGCCUUCCCGGAGGACGAGCUCAACCCCAUCCUGUGCCAGGGCCGGGGGCCGGACACCCUGAACCCUUCUAAUCUAAACAUCAAUGAUGUCCUUGGAAACUAUUCCCUAACCCUGAUUGAUGCCCUGGACACAUUAGCGGUAAUGGGAAAUGCCACAGAGUUCCAGAAAGCUGUGCGUCUGGUCAUUGACACUGUUUCUUUCGAUAAAGAUUCCACUGUGCAAGUGUUUGAGGCAACCAUUAGGAUUAUGGGUAGCUUGCUUUCUGCCCACAUCAUACUAACAGACACUAAGCAGCCUUUUGGCAACAUGACACUCAAUGGGUAUGAUGAUGAACUCCUUCACAUGGCCCACGAUCUUGCUGUCAGACUUCUUCCUGCUUUUGAGAACACGAGGACAGGCAUGCCCUACCCUAGAGUGAAUCUCCUGAAAGGGGUCCCUCCAGAUAGUCUCAAUCACACGUGCACUGCUGGUGCUGGUUCUCUGUUGGUAGAGUUUGGCAUCCUCAGCCGACUUUUGGGAGACUCAACGUUUGAAUGGGUUGCCCGCCGAGCUGUCCGUGCACUUUGGAGCUUGAGGAGCAAUGACACUGGUCUACUGGGGAACGUAGUGGACAUUCAGACCGGAGAUUGGGUUGGGAAGCAGAGUGGAUUAGGUGCUGGGCUGGAUUCCUUCUUUGAGUACUUGCUGAAGUCUUACAUUUUGUUUGGGGAGGAAAAAGAUCUAGACAUGUUUAAUGAGGCCUACAAAAGUAUCCGGAGCCAUCUCAGGAGAGGGCGGAAAGCGUGUAACGAAGGUGAAGGAGAUCCACCUCUCUAUGUCAAUGUUAACAUGCUAAAUGGACAAAUCAUGAAUACAUGGAUAGAUUCUCUACAAGCUUUCUUUCCUGGUCUUCAGGUCUUAAAAGGAGAUAUAGAGGAUGCAAUUUGUCUGCAUGCUUUUUACUACGCCAUCUGGAAGCGAUAUGGAGCUCUGCCUGAAAGAUACAACUGGCAGCUACAAGCCCCUGAUGUCUCUUUUUAUCCCCUUAGACCAGAGCUGGUGGAGUCCACUUAUCUCUUAUACCAGGCCACCAAAAAUCCAUUCUACCUCCAUGUUGGCAUGGAUAUAUUGCAAAGCUUGGAAAAACAUGCAAAAGCCAAGUGUGGUUAUGCCACUUUGCAUCAUGUAGUGGAUAAGUCUCAGGAGGAUCGAAUGGAGAGCUUUUUUCUGAGUGAAACGUGCAAAUAUCUAUACUUGCUGUUCGAUGAAGAUAACCCUGUACACAGAACUGGUAAUAAGUAUCUUUUCACUACUGAGGGACAUUUGGUUCCACUUGAUCCUCGUUUUAGAAAAACACCUUGGCACGAAUUCUUUCAUCAAGAAGACAAAACUGAAAGAAGCUUGCAGAAACUGUCUCAGACCAGGCUCCGCACUGCUAACUCCAGUACCAAUUGUAAUAGAGUGCCUGAAGAACGAAGAUUUUCACUUCCAUUGAAGAGUGUUUAUAUGAGACAAAUUGAUCAGAUGGUGGGAGUCGUAUGACCUUAGUGAGCUGGAGCUGGCCCAGCCCCUACACUUAGGCAUCCAGUUAUCCAGAUCUAAAAGGACCCUGGUAUUUCCAAAUGUUACAAGACAGCAAUGUCGGAGGAUGAAGUUUUGCCAAGGGCAAAUUCUCUGUUUACUGUGGAGCACCUUCUUUAAUUCUUGCACAGGGUUGCAUCAUUUUUAGGACUAUCAUUGUAAAUAAAUAAAAGCCUCAGGGACUGUGCAAGGAUUCAUACACACCAUUAAGUGUCUUCCAUGCCUGAAGCACCUUUUAAUGUUUUGCUUUUGUCAGCACUAGUACAGAAGCAAUUGAAGAUCCUAUCUUAAUGGACAGUGAUGCAUGUUGGCUCAUUUAGCCCUGCAACACUUUGUACUGUGAAAAUUACUUUUCAAAAGCAUGGUCCGUGCUGUGUCAUGUGUUCUAUAAAAGCAGAGGAUAUAUUUUCAUUGUAUUUCACGCCAAACUCCUCUGUGGCCAGUCCUAGUGCUGGCAUGACUGAAUUGAGUUAAACCUAUUGGUUAUACUCAUUAAUUUUUUAAAUUUAUUUUAUUUCUUCACUCAUUAGAAGACUGUCUUUAAUUUGCCAAAAUUCUUAACAUAAAUGCUUAAUCCUAAGUGGAUCUUAAAUUAAAAUACGCAUUUAGUGAAGUUCAGAUAUUCAGACAUAAAGGUGUGGCAUUUUGUUUUUAAUCCCCCCCCCCCAGUUGUAUUUAUAUCGCAAGUCUCCUUUUUACAGCAGAUCAUGGCUUCCAUAAUUUCUUCUUAUCGGGGAAUGUUCUGGUCAGUGACCAUAAUUUGAAUUCUAUCUGUAUUCUGAUUAGUUGAAAGUGCCAGUGAGAAUACUUCUUUAGCACAAAAAGUUGGGUUUAAUGUUCUGUAAGCAGCUGUGGCUUUCUCUAAAUCCAUGUCUUCUAGCAGGACUAAAAAUCAUUCAACUGUCAAGUCCCACAACUUUUACAUGCAUAUCUGAACUUGUGUGUGCCUUUUCAUGGAAAGAUUUAUAUUUUGGCAUUACUCUCUUUAAAGUGGCUCUGUCUCCUCCCACCUCCCCAGUAGGAACUACUUGGUCGUAUGUGUUUUUCCUACGCUUGACAAAAGGUGGAGCUACCUUUUGACAAGCUCUGAGGCAGUGGAAUCCUCCAUAGCUAUCAGUGUUGUAAUUUUGCGCAUGUACAGUGCUGACGACGGCUCCUGGCAGAUGAAACACCAGGAGGUGAAGAGGAUCUCAUGGCAAGAGGGCCAUGAGGGACAGGUUCAGGUAAGUUAAAAAACUACCUUCCCCUGUCCCCCAUGGUCACCGGAACGCAAACCAAAUAGUCCCCAUCUGGUUCUUUAUAAGAUAUGCAAAAACCCCAGAAGAUGGCAGAGCUCUAAAGUGCAUAAGCCAGUUUUAUAGUCCAAUUUUUCUUGGUUAGUAGCCAUGACAUUGUUCCAUGUUUUGGACUUGAUGCUGUUAUUGCCUGUGUGCAUCAUCUUCUUUAUAUAAAUGAGUCAGUGCCUUUACAACAUAUUUUAAUUUUUUUAAUUUUUCUUCACGCUAGUGACACCUAUGCAAGUGCUACUUUACAACCACAAUCGUUUGCAUAGGCUCAUCAUGCAUUUUUUUGUUUUGUUAAAAUCAUGGCUUUUUAAAAUCUUGUUUUGUUUUAACUUAUAAUAAAACUGACUGGCAGCUCUAUGUGCUGGUCAUUGAGUUUACCCAAUUGUCGGAAAUGCUGCAUUCGUGGGAAGGUUGUGUCUGCAAACUGUUCUGUGAUCAUAUGUUUGAAAAGUGUCUAUCCCACUUCAUAGACUGCCUGUGGAAAUCACAUGAAAAGUAUUCAGGGAUUAUUUUCUAUUUUAUAAAUAUUCUGACAAAUUAUUUUUUUGUAAUGUAAUCCAGAGACCUUUAUUGAAAUAAAUAAUG